AUGGCAACUGCUUUGAAGAGAACCGUUAGAGAAGCCAAGAAUAUUGAGACCCAGUUAAGGGAGAAGCAUCAGGAGAGAACUGAGGUGACAUGUUUUAAGUGUGGAAAGGCUAGGAACUAUGCCACUGAGUGGACAUUGAACAAGAAGGCUUGUUAUGAGUGCAAUGAAGAAGGGCACAUUUUGAGAGACUGCCCGAAGAAGCUAUUACCAACAAGGCCCAAUGUUCCACCAAGGCCAAAAUCGAGAGCAUUCCAGAUGAAACUGGAAGCCGCAAAGGAUGCAACAAAUGUCACUUCAGCAAAUUACUCCUUUAUAUCACACAAAUUUAGUGGAAGACUAGCAUUGUCUAUAGAUAAACUUGAUAAUGCUCUAGUUGUAGAAGUUUCCAGUGGCAAAUUCAUACCAGUUAGCGAUUGCAUUAAGAACAUCGUCAUUGACUUGAACGGAAACGAAUUCCACGAGGAGUUGUUACCCAUUCAGUUGAAUGGUUUCGACGUUGUACUGGAAAUGGAUUGGCUUAGCACAAUUGAGGCCAAGAUACUAUGCAGGAAGAAGAUAAUAAGAGUAAACUCACCUGGAAAAUAG